AUGGCAGAAGCGGUUCCCUCUUUUGUGCUGGAUCAACUCUCAACUUUUCUGCGCGAGGAGGGACGACUAUUGGGAGGGCUUCGGCAAGAACUCCAAUUCAUCAUGGCUGAGUUGGAGCAAAUGAGAGCUUUCCUGAGAGUGGCAGAAGCAAAAGAAGAAGAUGAUCCCAGGCUCCAAGAAUGGAUCAAGCAAGUGCGAGAGGCUGCUUAUGACACUGAAGACAUUCUUGAUGAAUUUGUAGCUCGCUUUGCUCGGCAUCCCGCAACAGGAUUCUACGGCUCUGUUCGGAGAAUUUUCAGCUCCAUCAAGAAUUUGAGAGCUCAUCAUCGAGUUGCUAGCGAAAUACAAAGCAUCAAGUCUAGAAUGGAAAUUAUUUAUGAAGGUCGUCAAAGAUACCAAUCCGAAUAUGGUCUCUCUGCCCAAGCGUCCAACUCACUUUCUGCUGUGAACAACACAACCUGGCGCUAUAGCAGAGAUGACGCACUGCUUGUGGAAGAAGCUCAAUUAGUUGGCAUUGACCAGCCCAAGAAACGUCUUAUUUCUCAGCUCCUCGAAGGGGAUGAUUACCAACUGAAAGUUGUUUCAGUGGUUGGUAUGGGAGGACUUGGCAAAACUACCCUAGUGAAAAGAGUCCACGAGGAUCCUGAAGUCAGAAGGCACUUCCCAGUUCGUGCUUGGGUAACUGUCUCUCAAACAUAUGACUUUCAGGAUGUCCUGAAAGACUUGAUUCGGCAGUUGCACAAGGAAGGGAAGAAACCAGUCCACAAUCGAUCGAGUCCAUGA